AACGCCACUCAUCUGUUGAUGUCAUCACUCCACCCCUUAGUUUUCAACCAAUAUGGCGAUUCAGCUGUGGAGGAGUGUUCUACGUACUAUCGUGACUGUAACUUGGACGCAUGAGACAUUGGAAAUGUUUUACUUCUCUGGCUGUAUUUUGCUUUGUUAGGUAGGUGUUGGAUAAUACUGUUUUAGAAAUGACUUCAGCCCCACAAGAGAAGAGAAUUUGAGUGUUGAGAAAAAUGGAAAAAGAAACUAUACACAGUGGACAUUUCAUGGUGUCAGAGAUUGACGAUUCUGGGGUUCAUGUUGACGAUGACGCCUCGAUUUUAACGGCCCACGAAUCGGACGGUGAUCAAGAUAACGUUCCUCUGCCAAAUGAAGUUCGUGAUUUUGACUUUGACAAAGGUUGUAAAGAAACAUGGAAAACAUAUACAUAUGGGCCACGAAGUUCACAUUCAAUAUCUAUAGACGUCUCCCUAACAAAAUUGUUCGAGACUAUGAGUUUAGCGUUCAGUGGCCGCUUGACCUCUCCAAGGUGGAAGACCUUCAAAGGAUUAAAGUUAAGUCUGAAGAACAAAAUCAGAUUAAAUAACAUCAUAUGGAGAGCAUGGCAUAUACAGUUCUUAGGAAAAAGGAAACCUGCAGUGUGCCAGUUUGCCUCUCCAUUAGACGGGGAAACCCACAAUAAACCAGAGGCUAUUGUAUUGGAAGGGAAAUACUGGAAAAGAAAACUAAGCACAAUUACAUCAGAGUACAAAAAGGGGCGAUUGUUCUGUUGGGAAAAGAUUCGUGCAAAAAACUCAGAAAUUUCUGACUUGGCAGCAAUGGAGGCUAUGGAUCUUGAUGUCAGGUGGCCAUCUCGAGCUUGGGAUGGAAGUGCGUGUAUGAGCUCUGUGAUGGAUGAUGAAUUUCUGAUGGAUACUUUCAGUGACACUUUGUUCAGCAGUCUCAUUCCCAAUCAGCCUUUUGAUUUCCCCAAUCCUCGUGAAAUUGCUGCCAAAGCUGGUAAUGCUGAUUUCAUUCAACCAGGGCUUAUCCAACUUCAGCCAUCCCUUGAUGACAUUUAUAUGGACACAUUUGAACCUUUAUCAGAUUUUCUGAUGUUCAGAUUACCCCCUCUACCAGAGGAAGUGUCAGAGCAGGUACACUCACAAGAAACGACCACGACCUCGGUAGGGACGGAACAGGGUUGUCGUCCAGAGACUUCGGUGUCCUCUUGUAAUGAACAAAGUACUUAUGGCCCCAGCAGUGCUGCAAGCUCUGUGUGUUUCCCCCAAGAUCUGCCCCUCUUUUCAUCAGAAAAAAGAUUUCUUCCAUCAAAACAGCCAGUAGCUUCUUCUCAGUCUGUGAUGUUGGACUCUUUCUUGAUGUCACACGAACCUCAACUGAUCUCUAGUACAUCGGCUGAAAGAGAUGUAUUGAUGGACUCUCCAGAAACUGCACAACAAGAUAACCAAACGGUCAGUGAGAAAACUUUUGGUGCUAAAGCAAAAUCUAGUAUUAGUUCCUCAUCACUUUCUGCCUUCAUUGAUUCAAAGCAUUGUGGAGACCUUUUCAGUGUAUCACCAUCAAUCAUGUCAACACCACUGACUUUACAGUCAUCAUCAACUAAAGUGCCUUCCUUGGCUCAAGCUCAUACCACUAGUGGCUUCCCUAGGCCAUUUCUGAGCCCUUCCAUAGGACAACAAACAGUUCCACCUCUAAACUUUACCUCUUGUUCAUCCAGUGGUACUUGUAGAUAUUCUCCCUCUGCUCAGUUAGUGGAGCAUACUCAUUCUCCAAGUCAGAGCAUUAAUACCCAGAACCAAGUUGAUGCUGUGCUCAAUAAAGCUACAAAGAUUAAACCAAAGAACAUAAUAGUAAAGGUUGAGGAAGAAGGUAGAAUAUCGAACGGAACAACUCGGGUUAGUCAAGACAGUGGAGUUUUUCAACGAAGGCACUCCUUUACUGGAACUCGCAUUUUGUGGGACAAAGCACUUCACCCUGACACUGGACAGUCUGUAAACCUGACUUCAAUUCAGCCAGGAAACAAAUUUGCAAUUCCUAGAUCACCUCUUCAACGAUCUGAGCGAUCUCGCAGCAUAUCAUCACCUCAGACUGGAAGCCCUAGGCUAUUUCCUCAGUUAUCCACGCAUGCAACUUCCCUCACAAACAUCAACAUCAGCCCACCUCCCAGUCUCAGUACAAUAUCUCGCAAGAGAUUACCGGACACGACAUCCAAUAGGAAGCUCCUUCCUGCUGUUACAAGCACAACAGCACUACCACAUAAUGUGUUAGCACAACUGCUCACCUCACAAACAACAGCAAAGAAACUAGAUACAACAUCAACAUUACCUACAGCUGUUACUCCAGCAUUUUCCCAUCAAAAUCCAGCCCCCUUACCAGUUACAAUCAUUGGAACAGGUGCAGCUGGAGGGGCCACAGGACCACAGACUUUUGUGCUGUCUCCUCUGACUCUGGCAACAGUAACAGGUAUGAGUGACUUGGGGCAAAAUUUGUUGGUAGGAACUACGCAAGUGAUAUCAAAUCAUCAGAAGGUUCCUCUUCUAUCUGUUUCCUCAAACUCACUGAACAACAACACUUUACCAACAGCAUUGGAAGCACAAAAUAUUGUCGCAGAAAAUAGGAUUGUUUCUCCCUCUAAACCGUUGAGGCCUAAAUCAGAUGAGAAACAACUGAAGUACAAAGAACAUCGUAGAGUGUCUCACAUAAAUGCUGAACAGAAGAGACGGUGUAAUAUAAAGAAUGGCUUUGAUGCCCUGCGUCAUCUCUUACCUUCUCUAAGUCAAAAUCCAAACUGUAAAGUCAGCAAGGCUGCAAUGCUACAAAAAGCGGGAGAUUAUAUCCGAACCAUGAAAGCUGAGAGACAACAACAGCAAGAGGAGGCUGAAUUGUUGAGAGAACAAAUAGGAGGACUGAACAAAACAAUCAGUAUGUAUCAGAACCAGUUGCCUGCUACCGGAGCACCCAUGCCUUGUCAGCGAGCUAAUAAAAUGACUGAAAUGUUUAAGGAUUAUGUGAGGCAAAGAACACUUCAGAACUGGAAGUUUUGGAUUUUUAGCAUGAUAAUGGAGUCUCUUCUAGAUUCUUACAACAAUUCACUGUCCACUGCCAACUUGGAUGAAAUGUGUAAAACUGUACUCACAUGGCUGGAACAGCACUGUACUCUCACAGCUUUGAGGCCAGUUGUUUUAAACUGUCUGCGGCACCUGAGCACAUCAACAAGUAUUCUCUCAGACGUGUCCCUGCUUCCAGAGGAGGCAAUAGCUGCUAUCACCAAGAAAGAAUUCUCAAAUCAGUAGUGUGUAGUUCAUUACUGGGUGUAACUGAAUUUUGGAAAUGGUUGUACAGAAGAGUUAAAAUCAUACUAUGUUAUAAUGUACAAAAAAACAAGUACCAUGAACAAGAUAUAGCCUAGUAAAAAAAAUGAAACGGGACACUGUGUGUGUGUGUGUGUAGUUAGUAUUUACACACUACCUAGUGAUAAGUUCUCUUAUGGUGCUUGUAGUGACCUUUGCCUUGUAGUACUGAAACCAUUUAUGUUUAAAAUGACAUGGCCGCUUGUUCUUUUAUCUAACAAAAGCCAUGAUUUGCAAUUUUUUUUUUGCAAGAAACACAUUUUAUACAUUUUUCCUAAACAUACUUUUGCAUUUGAGAUCAUUGUGGUUUGUGUUUGAUUUGAAUCGUCCUUCAUCUCAAUUAAUUUUUUCAGCCUUUUAAACAAUUAGAGGGAGAUAAGAAUGGUUUAUUGACAGCAGUAGUUUCUAGAAGCCCUUGUUAUAACUAGUUUAAUUGCAACAUCAAUGUGCCCAUACAAUUUAGUAAUGGAUUGUGGUAAAAUCGCCAUUUUUUUGUACAUUUUUAUUAACUUUAUGAUUCUGUGUAAAUGUUUCUAAAAGGGAGAUUAUUGUGCCAGUUUAACUUUUGAGAAUUUUCUAAGUGAGUGACAAUUUUAUUCUUUUGUUUUCUUUCUUUCCUUACUAGACUUGGAACUUGCAUGGUCCAUGUUGGAUUAGUCUGACCAUGUUGAAUAACUAAUUUUCAAAAGAUAUUCUGUUUCCAACCAUGAUGUUAAUAUUGAAAUAUUAAAUUUUUGUGAAGUAAAGUGAGAGAACAUAUAAAUAAUGCAGAUUAGUUUUGUUUUUAAAUUUUUAUUAAAUGUUAUGUUUUUAAAAUACAAAAUUGGAAAAACUGCUUAUUUUAGGUGAAAGGUUUUAUUAGAACCCUUUUUUGUAUAUAAUAAAUAAUAGGUAUCUUUUGUUCCUUUCAGUACUUAAAAAGUAUUAUGCUUCUGUGUUGCUCCUACUACAAUUUAGGGCUUCACUAUUUGUUUUUUUAAAGUACAAACGGAGCUACUAGCUGUUUUGUAGUUCGUUAAAUAAGGCUACAUUUUCAUUUCGUCAUAAACAGCCUCAGUUUGUUUAAUUUCCCUAUAACUUUUCUCGGUUACUUAGAAAACUUUACCCGUGACUAAUUCCAUUUUUAUAAAUAAUUUAUUGCAAUCAAUGUUUCUCUGCUCUUUAAUGUUGUGAGUUGAUUUUCAGGUUGUUUGAUGUUUUUGUCAUCAUGGUAAAGGCAUAAGCCAAAAUUUUGUUGUAAUAAAUUACUUUGAAAAUUUCAGUUACAGUUGUUUAUAUAAACAAAUAAUUUUAAAAGUUAACCAAUGAGCAUUGUAAACAUUAAAAACAAAACUUAGACAUUAAGCAUGAGUGUAUGAUAUUUAGGUAUCAAAUAAAAAUAACCUAUAGCAUUAACUAGUUCAUACUGAGAUAAAGUUGCAAUAUGAUAUGGAUAGUUACUAUCCUCUCUGACUAGUUGACAUUUCACAUAUCAUAAACUAUGAUAGUGAAUCGUUAAGUGCGACUACACUAACCACAAAUAGACUAGUCAGAUCAGAAUGUUACAGUACUUUGUUUUAUUAAAUACUGACACUAUGUUAUAAAACUCUAGGUAACUAACUUGAAGGAACGAUCUGUCAUAGAUUUGACAAAAAAAAAAUCAAUGAAUAGUGUUGUGUGAAGUAAAAGAUGAAAAAACUUACCUCAGUAUGUGUAAAUUAACAAUGUUGAAUGUUUUGUGGUGCAAGAUAUGACUUCGUUACAAUUUGAAAAAUUGAUAACGAGGGUUAGAUCUAGUUUAAAAUAACUUCUAGUUGUCUGUUUUGUCCAUGUUUAGUUAUUACAACUCAAAGACACCUAAAUCUGAAAACUUGCAUUAUUGGAUAAAAUCUAGACUGUAUUUUGAUAUUUCACUCUGCAUCAAAAUGUAUAUAAAAUUCAGUGAAUUGUCAGAAAUUCUUUUUGCUGUUACCAUUAUGAAUAGAAUAAUUAAUUUCAGAAAUUUGUGAACAAUUUUUAAUUAAUUUCUCCCAAGAUAACUAGUAACAUAUCAUAAAUGUACAGCCGAAGAAUUAAUUAAUGUUGUUUAUAAAUGCAGCUAGACACCUUGGAAUAGACUAAAUCUAUAGUAUACAGCAAAUACUUAAGUGAAAAUACAGUGAAAUAGUUAAUUGUAAAAAAUGCAUGUCCUAGUUAGACAUGACAGUUUACAUUGUUAUGAACAGUAUGUAACCCAGCAUUACAACUACACUAAAAACAGUGAUAAAUAGAAAUCCCACAUAUAAGUAACAAUGUCGUUGUUGAGCAACAAUAUGAAACUGAACACUGAAAAUACACUAAGAUAGUGAUAAAUAGAAAUCCCACACAAACAUAACAAUGUCAUCUUUAAACAACGGUAUUUAAAUCUCACAUAAAUAUCACAAUGUGAUUGUUAUGCAACAAUAUGUAACUGAGCACUGAAAAUACACAAAUACUGUAGUAAAUAAAAAUAGAAACUCCUUAAAUUGUACAGUCAGUAAUUUUAUGAUGCAUAUAGUAACUUGGCAUCUUAUCUGCAACUAACAGAUUAUAUAAUACUGACUUGAAGCAAACAACAAGUGUGUGCAUGAAAUAUUUUUGUUUGGUCAAUCUGACCUAGAAUACUUCACCUCAGCUAUGCACAAUUGAAGGGCAUUCAAAAGUAAGAAUUUCUGACAAAAUGGAUAAGAUAGCCUUGUACUGUAGGCCAACUACAAGUAAUAUACUUUAUAGUCAAAGUGAUGAUAAUAUAAAUUAUCAGUACUUCACACCAAAUGAAAGACUUGUGUGUAAGUAAUUUUGUAAAUAAGCAAGUCCUGCUAAGCCGUGGAUAUUUUGAACUGGUUGCACUUUUGAUAGUACUUGUGUUUGAAUAAUCCCACACCAAUUAUUGUGUAGCACAUAAAAUGUAACCCUUGCUAAAGUUCACUAGUUAUGUGUGUGAAAUAUUUGUAAUUUCCAACAAUUUGAAAGUUGUUGUUAUCAUUUCAGUUCCCCCAAAAAAACUGAAAACAUGAAUACCGGUUUUGUGACCUUACUAUUAAAACUGUUGUCUUUUUAUACUUAUGGUUUAAACAUAACAAUCAACCACUUGUUGUGACGGGAACUCUAUUUGAUGUGUGUUAUAUGUACAAUGGAAUUAUUUGUUAGUACACACAUUUGCCAAGGAAAGUAACCUGACAAUUGUAUAUAAAUAUAAAUGAAGUUUCUCUAUGCAUGUAUGCAGUUACUUGUAUACGAAUAUUUGAAUUUUUACACUUCACAUGUGGACCUGUAUAUCAUAUGGUCAACCUUUAGUGUUUAACACCCACGUGUAGUGUACCAUAUCAUUAUUAAGGUAUUUAAUGUUUGAGUCAAAAUCAGUUUUCUCUGAAUUAUGCUUAGCAAGUUUUUUUGUUGUUGUUGUCAGAAACAGAAUUGCCUGCCAAAUCAUUCAAUAAUAAAGCAUAGUCCAAGUUGCUUUAAGUUUCUUUGAUGAUAAUGCUCUUGAAUCAAAUCACAAGCAUGUCACAAUUUUCAACUUGCAUAGUUUUUUUUUUUUGUUCUUGGGCAUUUUGAAAAAUUUUCUGUGGACAUGCACUUUAGACUGUGAUAAGUUUACUGAAUUUAAAGCAUAAUUUUUUAAAUAUUUAUAAGCUCAUUUCUUGAGAUGAAUUUCAAUAUCUGAAGUAAUCCAUAAUAUUAAAGUUAUAAACUUUACUUUAGGCAUUUUUAUAGUCAUGUCUAAUUAUGAAAAAAGCUUUUUAUGAACAUUUUCCUCUCCAUUCAUUCAUAAAAAGUAGUCAAUUGUUUUUUUUUAAUUACAUGGAAUUGAGUUAUAUUGAAUUAUGAAGAAAGUGACUUACAUAAGUUACUUUUAAAUUUUCAGUAUUUAAUCUGAACAGUUUCUGUACUUUUAAAUAAAAUUAUGGUAGUUAAGUGCAACAUUUUAAACUAAAAAUUAUUGUUUUUAACAGUUAAGCUGGGUUUACAUUUAAUGGUCUUUGGGUACUUAAGUAUCAUGUUUUUGUACGAAUUUUUCUUUUUCAAGAAUGCUUGUAUUGUUAAUGGUUGUUAACUGUAAAUUUUAGAUUUAGGAAAAAUCAGAAUGAUUGGUGAAAUAUGGAAAAAUAUCCUUAACCCUGACUAUCAGGAAAAAUAGUAAAGGCUUAGGCUUUACUUCAUUGAAUGCAUGAUUUACCAGGCUUUAAUAAGGUUUCAGUUAUUUAGAAUUGAAAGCUAAGCAUCUUUUUUCAGUACAAAAGUUAUUUAGAAUUAAAUAAAAAAUAAGGCGUUCUUGUUUAGUGAAGAAAAAAAAAAGAUGUUUGUAUCAAAAGUUUUUGUAUUUGUAAGAACAAAAAAUUAAGAGUUUGUUUCUCAGUGUGUUAAGUUCAGGUACAAUUAUGAAAAUGUUGCCAAAUCAAACCCACAUUUUAAUAUCAUUAUUAGAUCUUACAUGUGUAUAAUAUGGGUUAACUGUUGUACACCAAUAAAGAAAUGAUUAAAAAGGCUCUCUUCAUGCAAAAUCUAGUCAGUAUAAGGUUUUCUAUUACCAUCCAAUUUUUCAUACUGCCUUGAACAUUUAAUAAAGGUUUUGCCUUUUA